CGUUCUCGGACACCGAAGGUCUUCACAAACUUGCUCCUCUCUGCUGUCGCCUCGUGGUCGCAUCCUUGUCCACCACAAUGGCCGUCCUCGCCUCGCCUCUCCUUUUUAUUACAUCCGUUCCUCCAGUGACGCGUGCUUUUACAGCCGGAACGAUUGUUUGCUCAAUCUUCUAUGCAUGGUUACGCUGGAACGGUGUAGAGUCCGCCCCAUAUCUCAACGUCGUCCCUGGCUCUAGCCUCUUUUAUCCGUGGACUUUUGUCACAUCUGCUCUGAUUGAAACCAGCAUUUUCGAGCUCGUGGCCAGCCUCAUUUUUGUCCCAGCCUCGCUUCGAUACUUGGAACGCCUUUGGGGCAGUAUCGAAACCCUCAAAUUUAUCGUCGUGUCGGUCGGAUUGUCGAACGUGAUAGCCUUCGGGUUGAACUGGAUAGAGUUCAUUGUUUUACGAGAUGCAGACCUGUUUUUGUAUGGAAUGGAAUAUCAUGGACAAAUGGCUCUGCAAACAGCCAUCCUGGUGGCAUUUACGCAACUCAUUCCUGAGCAUCAAGUACAGAUUAUGGGUAUCUUUAAGGCCAGAGUCAAAAGUAUACCAAUGGCAUACUUGACCCUGUCGACUGUGUUGUGUCUGGUUGGCUUCCAGUGCCCAUGGAUUGUGAUCCAGUUCGGCUGGUUUGUCGGCUGGAUCUAUCUCCGUUUCUACAAGAAGAAUACCAGCGAUACUGUUGGAGGCACGGAUACAUACGGUGAUCGAAGCGAAACCUUCUCACUUGUAUCUUGGUUCCCUCCUUUCGCCCACUACCCCAUCUCGAUCCUCGGGAACACUGUGUAUAUGCUGGCCACCCGAUUCCAUCUCAUUCCAACAUCUGGAGCAGACCUCGAGAGUGGGGCUUACAACCAGGCUCCCGGCAGCGCUCGCGCAGAGGCUGAAAGAAGACGAGCCAUGGCUCUCAAGGCUUUGGACCAGCGUAUGGCAAAUAACGCUUCGCCGGCACCGACGGGUUCGACGAAUGGGGCUGCAUCGUCCCAGAUUCCGAGGGCGCCUCCCGUCGCGCCUUCGCGGUCGGAUGGCACCGCUGCGAAUGCUUCCCCGCCUGUCGUCCACGAGCGUUCCAAGAGUGUCAACGAGCUAGAUAUCGGGGACACCCCGUCGCGUUCGGACUCGUGAGGAAGAUUCGGGCGCCAUGUAUGAACUUUAAAAGCUCUCGUUACCGUACCAUUAGCAUUGUUUCAUGUCCUAAUUUCACGAAUGUACGACAAACGCUGUCAAUCAUACUAAUCAUCAGGGCCAUGCUGCGGCUGUGCCCGACCACUUGUCUUCCCCCCACUACCUACUUGUCGGAUCGACCACUUACGACUCAAGCACGAUGAUCAAAAUUUGGAGCAUGAAGAAGAAUGAGGAUGCAGCGGCGAAGAAGAAACCCAAGACCAGCGCCGCUCAGAUUCGCGUACAGAAAGACUUGACUGAACUCGACCUUCCUUCGACGAUGAAGACGCAUUUCCCUGAUCCCGCUGAUCUCCUCAACUUCACCCUCACCAUCACACCAGAUGAGGGCAUGUACCAGGGCGGUGCCUUUGUGUUCUCCUUCGCAAUCAACACGAACUACCCACACGACCCUCCAAAGGUCAAGUGCACACAAACGAUUUACCACCCUAACGUCGACUUGGAGGGAAACGUCUGCCUAAACAUCUUACGAGAGGACUGGAAGCCUGUGCUCAAUCUGAACUCUGUCAUGGUCGGGCUCCAGUACUUGUUCCUAGAGCCGAACGCGGAUGACCCAUUGAAUAAAGAGGCCGCGAUUGAGAUGAGUAAGAACCGGGACCAGUUCUUAGCGAAUGUGAAGGCUUCCAUGCGUGGGCAUAACCUGAAGGGCGUGCAAUACGCCCACGUCCUUGUACGAUGAAUCUUUCUCUGUGUUUAUCCUGUUCUAUCAUCUGUACUCCGUUCUCUGCACUGCACACCUAUCCCAUAAUCAUCGUCCCCGUAAUGCUAAUUACAUCUGGCGGCGUAGAAUUACACAGUAGACU